AAUGUCAGCUCCAUCUCGCACCGUCCUUCGCGAUUUGACGGCGACCAGAUACGUCGCCAACUACGCCGAAGAAGAUCGCUUGGAAACCGCUCGAGCCGGUUGCUCUUCCCUCCCACCACAACCCAACAUCAAUCAUGAUGUAAUUAUCGAAGGGCACGGAGAAGAUGUGGAGCUCGUCGAAGAUGAGAACUACUGUUCCGUUCAUCGUAUCGAUGAGACUCCAAAGCUCGUCGACAAGAAACCGAGCAAGACAAUCAUCCGCGAUGAAGCUGUCAAAGUGCUCCGGCACAUUCAGACUGUGCCGAUUGAAAAUCUUCGUCUUAAGCGCUACGACUAUUUCUCGCAAAGAUGGUUCCACACGACCAGAGAAUCGGAGAAAGCGCUUGUCGAGCACGUGUUUCUUCAUCCCAACCAACGACCACAUUAUUUUGCCGCUCAGUGCCGGAAGCUGUCGGUCGAGGAUAUCUCUAGUUUGAUUCUGACUUCUCUCCUGACCGAACCGAAGGAAACGGGACAAAAUGUGGCUCGAUUUGCUAUCCAGACAACCAAUGAAAUGUCGUUCCAAACGUUAUUUGCAUUGCUCGAACAACUAGAGAAGGAAAACGAAAGGUUCCAAAUGACAGAUAGCUUUGUGGUUGCAACCCUGAUCCGAUCACAGACGAAGAGAACUAUCACUCGUCUCCUGAGAACCACACACUGCCGGGAAUACGGAAAUCUCGAGCCAGGACUCGAUUCACAAGGCCGGCUGAUGACUUCGACUGCAUCAAUCACGUGUUCAAUUCGAGGAAAGCGCCACGUGGAAACGAGGAUCGUGUACAAGAACAACUCGAGCACCAGGGAUCCUUUCCGAAGAAAUAGAUACAUCGAAUUGGAGCAAACGGUGAAGUGCAUGAACCGGCGAGUGCUGAUUGUCGAAGAGCCAGUCGAAAUCCACGAAUUCGAGGUCGAAAAGGAUAUGAUCUCGCUGGAAAACGGAAUUGCGCCAGUCGACGACCUGAUCUCGUUUCUCGAAACAUUCGAACUGGAUGAAGAGGACGAGUAACUCCAUAUAUGUCCUAUAAUUAGUAGUAAUGUGCAUAAGUCUGUAUUAUUGUAUAUGUAUUUAAAUAACCGAGUGGUUCCUGUUGAAUAUUCCAACUAACUUCCCCUAUUUUAUUUUCCUUUUUUGUUUUAGUUGUUUUAUGUAUAUAGAUUCUCCAAUGCCCAAAUUGUGACAACCCACGACUAUUUUGUUUAUAUUCGACAUGUAUAUUGCCCGCAUUUAUUUUGAUUUUUUUUCAAAGAUGAAUUUGUUUGAGGU